GGUUCGAACCUUGUGAUGCGGGACUGCCGGUUCUCAAUUCUUCCUUGGGUUCUCCGCUGCUCCUUACCACUCGAUCGUCUCCCUGCACGCAAACCCACACGCAAAACAUUCAGUAACACUUCUUUCCUCCUCCUCCUCUUCCUCCUUUCUACACGUCAAGGGAAGGAGGAGCAAGGGAUGGACGAAGCGCUGGAAGACGGAGGAGGGCUGGCAGGAGGAGGAGGAGGAGGAGGAGGAGGAGGAGGAGGAGGAGGAGGGGGCAGAGAAGGAGGAGAUACCGGGUCGUCUUUUUGGUGGUGGUUCUCGCUCAACAGGGAGAAUGGAGGACCAGCUUAUCACUACCGCCAGCACGCCGCGUGUCCCUUUUUCGUGGGCUACCUCAACGUCACCAUCGGCAUUCUGGUCUUCAUCUUCCCCCUGGCCCUGUGUCUCGUCCUUCUGCCGUCUGCCAGAAGCAGGAACUGGUCCAAGUUGCUAGUGGUAUUACUGUGCUUCGGGACGGGCUUCCUCCUGACGGUGGUGUUCGGGUCGUCGUGGUGGCUGAUGGGGAAGGCGGAAGUGAACAUGAGUGUUGGGCCCCAGCAGCCGCCAGUCCAGGGCACGCUGGAGGUGUGGGCUGGACUGUGGCACCUUUAUCUCAACUACGUGACGGACGCCUUCACCUUCACCCAGCGGGUGGACUGGUCCUUGAGGGAAGACCUGGUGGCAGUGCACAAAAAAUCCCUGAACGAUGGCUGGCCCUGGGCUCUGGUGAGCCUGACAGCGGAGCUGGGUGGCGAAGGCACGGCGUGGCGUGGCCAGCUUGGGGACGGUCUCAGGAUGGGGGGUCUGGCGGCGGCCUCCUUUAUGGUGACGGCCAUUACGCUGUGGGCAGUGUGGGCGCUGCUCUUCGUAGUAUCGCCGCAGGCAACAGGGCUGCCUAUCAUGCUCUCCGGGGCGAUCUUGGCGACCUGCAGCGUGGCGUACGUGAUGUGCAUGAACUGGUACCUACCCGACACGCUGAUUGUGGCUGGCACCAAGAUGGAGCUGAGUCUGGGCUACGCGUGGUGGGUGACUACGGGGCUGGGCUUGUGUCUCACUCUCGUGGGGCUCGGGCUGCUACUCUACGACAUUUACUGCCCCGGCCAGCUUGCCACGGUUUUCGAGCUGGAGUUCGGCACUCCAAACCAACAGCUGUACCACUGCUCCGAGAAGAGUCCCAGGCCCAUUUUCGCAUUUCAUGAGGAGGAAGAGGCCUACUACAGCCAAGGGUACCCUUGGCCCCGUCCCCCAGGGUACUUCUGGGAUGCUGACGACGAGGAGACGCAGCUCAAAGAGACUGAAAGGUGUCUUUGCAGGCUAAAGGGGCAGACCGUCCCGGACCGGCAGUCCAUUUCGUAUUCUAAGUUGAGCAAAAAAAGAAGUUUGUCUGAGUCGCUGAGGACGCCAGACUGGAAGAAAGACGUGAUGUGUGAGGAGGAAGCGGUUCCCACCCUCGCGUCCACGCUGAGUGACGGCCAGACCCACACAACAUACAGUCCCCCACCGGACACACUGCGUCGUCGCUCCCCGGAACAGCCCUCGGAACAGCUGUCCCCACCUUCAUCGCUGGAACAGAACAUCUCGCCUCCCAGUGAUGUGAGUGAAGCAGAGUUCACGAAGACCAGCGUCAGCAUUCCCAACAACCACAGCACACUCCUGGUGGAGAGGUACGUGCCCAAGACCACCGCCUUGCUACGCACUAACUCGGUGAGGCGAUCCGUGAGGUCAUUCUGCAGGAUGAAGGCUCGGCUCUCCACCAGACUGUCGUACAAGUCGGCGCUGCGCAGGAAGUCCAUGUCGCUGUCCCGCCUCGUGCUGCCCUACAUGGCCAGUCAGGACAGUGAGGAGGGGAGUGACGGGAAGAGCGAGCAGUGGGUGGAGGAGGGCGAGGAGACUGAGCCUGAACUUGAUUCCGCUACCCGCCUGUGAGACCCAACACCUUCCGACCUGUUAGCGGUGGUUUGUGGGUUCAUGGCGACAUCUGGGGUUUCCUUUGUGUUUCAUUAUUUGAGUUGGUUCGUGAGAUGGCUAAAGUUAAGCAAGAUGUCAAUGGAAAUAAAGCAUCAAGGGUUCUAGUCAAGUGUUUCCUCCUCAUGUAGUGCUGAGUCUUGGUUCACUGUUCCCUUGGUUCACCGCGGGACGCCACUCAAAGGUUGGCGGGACUAGACGACUUAAGUCAAUCUUCUAACGCCUUAUAUCACUUUGUCCCCUAAAGUUCUCAUUACUUACCUUUUACCCUUUAA